AGACGGAGUACAGCCUUUGUCAACAUGAAGUCCUGCCACAUCAUCCCUCGUCCAACAGUGUUGAUGUGACUCGCAAAUCGUCGUUCCGCCCAUCUCACCGGAAACGAUUCCAUCCUCAAGUCGAUCGUCUCAGUCCAGCAACGGGAACAAUGUCUCCGAAAGACAGCGGCGAGCCCUUGCUCGGCCGAGCAGACAUAGCUUCACCACCCGCUGCGGCCAGUGGAUUGAGCGUGGCGGACACAAAUAGUGGCCUAACUCUGAGCAAAAAGAAAUCAUGGUUUGGAGGGCUGGGCAACGCCGUGCACAAGGUGGCAUUGCAAGCAAUGGCGGCGGUGGAUCUUUUCAGGAUUGAUCCCCAGAACAAGUCUGAGUCGGAAGGACAAACUCGAGAUAUCUCCGACGACAAGCCUGACCCUCGACAAUCAAACGACACCGACGCACUAUCAACGACUGCGAUCAAAUCCGACGAUGAGCGAUCUCACUCCGCAACACCAAAAAGCGCAAGGGCAUCGCUACGCCAACACUUGCUCCACCACCCUUCGAAGCGACAUCACAGACAGAGCAGUAUGUUCAGCACUGUCAGUCGACGGAGUGGCGAAGCACUUGACACGGCCGGCUUUGAGAAACUCGAAUCGCCCCCUCUACCAGAAGACUCGCCGAAUAUUUCAAAGCCCAAGUCCAGCAUGGCAAGUAGCAUGGUCAGCAGCAUCAGAGGCCUGAGCAUCAUGCGAAGAGUGCCACACGACCGCGCCCUAGAGAAGCUCACAUCGUUGGAAGACAAAGCAGCAAACAUCCCCCUUCCAUCAUCCCCUAUCAACAUCCCUUCUGCUGCUCCCGCACUGAAGCUAGACCUAGGCCCCACUGGCCUCAUGCCGGCCAAUUUCAACCGCUCACCCGAGGCCAAACGGACGAAGGAGACGCUUGAGUUGACUGAUCCCGCCAACAUCACCACUGCAAGACCCACGUCGCACUUCCUCCCGAUUGGAUCUGCAACAUCAUCACCACAAGCGGGAUCAUACACAAGCUCAGGCAGCGAUCUCCGCCCUUUCACGCCCAGAGAGAUUCUCCAUCUCAAGCUCACUCCGCUGGAUGGAGGCGACAUCAAGCCUGCCCCUGGGCCUCCGACGCCAAUGCCCGGCACCAAUAUGCCUCUGGAGCUUGAUGGUACCAGUGAGGAGCCACCGUCGAAGGCCCAUACAGCCAACAGCAUCGACUCAGACCGCUGUCAAAUGUUCGAGCGGAGCGUCACACCGAUCGAUGAACCGAAGCGCAAAGAAUUGCGUCCCAUGGCUUCCCUCGAUGCAAUGGCCGAAGCGUGCACUCUCGCUUGCACUGAAGACGACACCAGAGCCGAUUCGGAAUCCUCUCUCGUAACGCAAGACGGCAAACCCGAUUCCUCGAAGCUCAUCGCCCCGCCCCCUUCGCGGGUCAUGACUCCUCGACGUAAUGCCACUUGUGACGCAAGUCUCCCCGCUUGUCCAUCGGAUAUGGAAGAGCUCAGUCGCCAGCCGGCGAAUCAGCCGAAUGCCACCAAUGUCCUGCCGGGAGAUGAAUGGAUGGGUGAUGACGAUCCAUUUGCUCCGAGGACCAGCGGCGACGGCGUUGGACCUCCUUCACCGGAUCGAAGGGUCCUUCUGCCGUUUCGACCCAAGGAUCCGAGUCCGGAAAAGGAUCAGAGCAUCGCCUCCAUGGUUGAGUGUAGUCCACAAGAAGACGCACUUGGCGAUAUGAAGCCCGAAGCACAGCUGGAGUCUGAGAGCCCCGCUGAAGAAACACUAGCCGCUCAGUUGCAGCUUGAUGAUUCUGUUGUUUUGCAGCUGGUCCAGGCCUUGGAGCUGGAAGGUGCUGCAGAAUUGACAGAGGAAGUUGUUGCCGACGAUGGUGGUGUCGGAGAGCACGAUGCUCUACCAAAGGCGCCACUGCAUCCGGUGGGUUUCACCUUCUUCCCGAGCACCGAGAGCGAAGAAGCUCCUCAGGAAGAGGGCUUGUCUCCACACGGUGGUCCCCUGAGCCCUCAAUGGCUUGACAGCGAGAUGCCUACUUCCGACCUGAACCCAUCUGCAAACAUCACCGAAACAGCAGACAUUACAAACAUCAACACUGCCGAGCACAAGUUCUCCUUGACCAAUUGGAUGAAUGACAUACCCUCGGAAUGCCCGCCUCCAGAUCAGCCUCAUACGCCAUCACGCCGUCAGCAGAUGGACGCGAGCGUUGACUCCUUUCCUUCUGUGGAUGCGGAGAGAGACACUCCGCCGAUCAGUCCGCGUUCCAGCGAUACAGCCGGCCGGACGCCGAGUAUGGGCGAGAGGAUCGAUUUCGAUCUCGCUCGGUCUGAGAGAAACGGUCGCUAUAACGCAUUGUUUCACGAAGUAUCCGUGGACGGCGCUGUGGACGGAGAAGAAGUCUGGAUCGGACUUGAUCCUCAGGAUGAGGACAGGGAUGUGCUGGAGGCUGUUGAUCCCGAGGAGGACGAUAUUUCCCGCUCAAAACCGUCGCCUCGGAAGGAUUCCAAAGUCUGUCCGGAUUGGUUACGAGCAUCGUCUCCUCUUCUUCCAAAGUCGGUUGAGACGAACGAUGUGUCUCGCUCACCAGAAAGUUGCGACGAGCAUUCUAUCGCAUGCGAGCAGCAUGACAAUGGGGCUCCUUCGUGGUUGAAGAACGACGUUGUCUCCACAACACCCACCAAGACUCCGGAAAUCCUACCCUCCACUCCGACAGAAAGGCCCUCGAAAUCUCCCGGCCCUCCUCAAGCUUCUACGUCUUCAGCCGCCAUUUCCACUCGCUUGACAGUCAUGGACCCCUUAGGCGGCCAUCCAGCCAUCAAUCUCGCCGGCCACACCCCGGAGACGACUCACUCAUCCACCGACUCACCUAUAAUAUCUUCGCAUCAUCCUACAGGCACCAUCGGACAUCGAGUCACUUCUGCCGAUACAUUGGACGACACGCUGGAUCUCCUCCAAUCAUCUCAAUGCGGGUACGAAGGAGAUGAGAGCAGUGCUGUUACUUCCCCUUCGCCGAAGAAGAAAGGGACGCCUGCUAGGUAUCGCAGUGUGGGGAAGAGGGCAGGGGCUGGACGUGGAUAUGGAUUUUGAGGAGGGGAUGUGGUUU